AUGGCUUCUUCUCCGGUCUAUGUACCCCCAAAGGGAUUACACACUUAUAUGGACGAUUUUCGAGAAUACAUUUCGAGAAAACAUCUUCUCAAUCUUUCUUCUUACAACGAGCUCCAUCAAUUCUCUGUUGAAAGAGCGAAUGACUUUUGGUUAUCCCUAUGGCAGUAUUUGCAAGUGAAAGCGUCUGUGCAUCCCUUAAUGGCAGUAGAUGAGAAGCUUCGCAUAGAUCAAUUUCCGCAAUUCUACCAAGAGGCACGACUCAAUUAUGCAGAAAAUAUCUUGGCCAACAGAUCCAAUGGAGUUGCUAUCAAAUACAUGGACGAGUCAACUCUACAGACGCCUCGCUCCGUCACCUGGAUGGAGCUCAACGACAUGGUGCGACAGGCGGCAGAUGCUAUGCAGUCAACCGGGCUGUGUGCGGGAGACACUGUAGUUGUAAUCGGAGGUAACUCGAUCAAAUCUCUGACUUUACUUUUAGCAGCUGCAUCACUAGGGGCAGUGUUCUGCUCAUUUAAUACUGACCUUGGAGAAAAGGCGCUGAAAGAUCGACUCGGCCAACUGUAUCCUAGACUGGUGUUCGUACAGACGGAAUACUCGUACAACGGCAAACCCCACAGCAUUGCGCAACGAACCUUAAAGAUUUUCUCAGCGAUCGAAAAGUCCGACCGAGCAGAAAUGAUAUGCUACGAAGAUGCUUUUAAUGAUCUACCACUGAGCCCCGAAGCUGGCCUCACUUUGGUCAAUUGGAGCGACUUCGUUAAUCGAGGAAUAGGACGGCUGUUGGUGUUUAAGCAAGUCCCAUUCAAUCAUCCUCUGGUAGUUAUGUUUUCAUCAGGAACGACUGGCACUCCAAAAGGAAUUGUCCAUUCACACGGGGGUCUUGUGAUAAACGGGUUAAAGGAAAAUCGUCUCCAUAACAACUUCGGUACUCGAGACACUUAUUUUCACUAUACGAAUAUUGGAUGGACAUUGUGGAAUAUUUCUUUGGGUGCAUUGUUCUGCGGCAGCACGCUCGUCUUAUAUGACGGCUCUCCAUUUUAUCCGACCCCUUCAAGAUUUCUUCAGUCAAUAUUUGCUACAGGAGUGACAGCAUUUGGUGCAGGCCCACGAUAUUUUGAAGAGCUGCGGAACGCCGCGAUUGAUUCUGAUCCAUCCACUGGGAAAUUGGACUUGAUAGUUUCCACUGGUGCUAUUCUGACGACAUCUCUUUCACUUUGGAUUGCGAAGUUCUUUGGACCUGUCUGCCAGGUGUCCAUGUCUGGAGGGACAGAGCUCUGCGGAUCUUUCGUUCAUGGAACUAAAGCUUUACCAACUUGGCCGGGCCAGAUUACCGUCAAGGCUCUUGGACUUGAUGUUGAUGUAUUUUCACCAGAUGGUCACGCACUAGAAGCAGGGCAGAUGGGAGAACUGGUCUGUAAAAAGCCUUUUCCUAACAUGCCUGUCUCUUUCCUACAUGAUGCAGAUAAAAAGAGAUACUUCAAUGCCUAUUUCUCCCAGAUACCCGGUGUUUGGACACAUGGGGAUCUCAUCAAGAUUGAUCCCCGCACAGAUGGCUUGAUCAUUCUUGGUAGAAGUGACGGGGUUCUCAAUCCAAAUGGUGUCCGUUUCGGGUCGUCUGAGAUCUACGCAGUCCUUGAACAGCAUUUCUCAGCUUCUGUGAAGGACUCCCUUUGUGUCAGCCAGCAGAGACAAGAAAGAGAUCUCCACGAAAAAGUCAUUUUAUUCCUGAAGGAGAGAAUUCGCCAAAAGAUUGCUGAAGACCUCAGUCGCCGCCACGUGCCACACUUCAUUUUUGAAGUCAAUUCUAUUCCAUACAAUGCCAAUGGGAAGAAAAUGGAGACUCAUAUUAAAAGCAUCCUCAACCGGGGAAAAGAUGCACUGUUAUCGAUGAAGGUCUCCGAUGCAGAGAAGGCAUCACUGGAAUUUUUUGUCAAGUUCUUUAACAUUGAGGGCCUGUCAUCCAAGUCAGAAAAGAGCAUAAACAACAGCAAGUCAUCAGUGGCAAAACUGUAG